GGCGGGCCAACAAUCAUCGAUUCCUCGAGGGACGAACCCCAACCACCAGCGAGUAACGACCGAUCGAUGGACUUAGUCAGUGGGUGAGUGCGUGCUAGAGUGAGUGGCCCCGUCUAGCCCCAGAGAUUUCUUCCCUCCAUCCAAUCCCUUGCUUCUUCGUUGGCAUCCCCUUGAUCGAACCCCCGAACAACGGACGAACGAACGUAGAAGGAGACACACCGACAGCCGACCGAGCUUUGAAGCGUGUUGACUAGAUUUGGCCAGCCAUCGAGCCUUCAGCCUCGAUCCGAGAAAUCCAAGGGCGAGCUCCGUCUAACCAAUCACCAGACUUGGAAUUGAACCAUGGGUAAGAAACGCAAGUCCGUGACGACCGGAGGCGGGGAAGCCGCUGAAAAGCCACCCCCGGCCAAAAAGCCGGCCUCGGUCAAGAAGAAGAAAAAGAUGAAAAAAGAGGAGGCCGAGUCGUCGGACGAUGAGCGCCCCGAUUCGCCCAUUGUGGCCAAGAAGUCUGAGGUCAAAAUCGAGAACAUGUAUGAGGUCAAUCCGGCCGCUUUGCCGCCCUCCGAGGUUAUGAACCGCUUGAUUGACCGCAUUGAGCAUGCUCUGCCCAAAGAGGAUAAUGUCAAGUAUGACUCUCGAGCCAAGAAAUUGAAUUGGGAGAGCCUGGCCGGCGACGGGUUGGACGCAUUUCAGUGUGAACAGAUAUGGUACUAUAUUCAAGAGCGAAUUCGUCGCUUCCGCAUCUUAUCCGAGAUGAUUCCGGAUGCACGUACCUGGGUAUCGCAUCCUUGGACUAAUUUCUAUAAGAGCAAGGACCAUAACCGUCAUCCUAAUAUGCCCAAGAAACCUCUCAGCAUGUACAUGCUGUUCUACAGCGAGCAGCGUGAGGAAAUCCUCAAGACCAAUCCGAGCAUGUCCAUGCCGGAGGUGGCCAAAGCCUGCUCGGAGAAGUAUCAAAAGUUAAGUGAGAAGAAGAAGAACAAAUACAAAAGCCGGUGUGAUAUCAUGCGCAAGGAAUAUGAAGAGAAGCUCGAGCGAUUCUACACCGACUACCCAGACAUGCGGCCCAUAAAGAGUGAAAAGAGCAAAAAGGCGGCCGCUGCUGCUGCGGCACAUGCCGCCCAUGCCGCUGCCCAGGUGGCGGCUCAAAACUUAAAUAUGCAGCAGAGUAACGCCAAUAAUCUGCUGUAUCAACAAACCAACCCACAUCAAUAUCAACCCCAACCGCAGAUGAUGGCUCCGCCCUUGAACUUGAACCCAAACCCUGCCGGGAUGACCACUACCAUAGAUACGAUGCAACUUCAACCUCAUCAUCCGCAACAAAUCACACUGCAACAACAACAACAGCCCCAACAAGCCAUGCCCCCAGGGAUUGUGGGGCAAACCCAACCUUCUCAAGGCCAGCCUCCGAUGGUCAAGUCCGAGGACAAAGCCCAUAUGGCUGCGGCCUAUCCGCAUGCACCUGAAAGGCCUAGCAAACCGUUUGAUCUCUACUUCAAGUCCGUCGUGGACGAACAUCUCAACGACCAGAGCUUUGACCGUUCCUCAGUGUCCGAGAAGUGUCGAGCCGAAUGGAAGGUCAUGAAACUCAAGAAAAAGGCCAAAUGGAUCCGAAAGGCCGCCGACAAGUAUCGUGAAUACGAGGAGCUAGUGUCAAAUUUCAUCAAGGACAAUCCAGGCUACAUUCCUCCUGAGAAGAAGAACUUCCUUACCCAGGAGGAUCAGAAGAUCUUGGACAAGUUCAUGGGAAGGCCGGAAAAACCUCCAAGCUCCGCCUACUCGUUGUUCUCCAAAGAGAUGUUGAACAAUGAAGAGAUCAAGAUGUACCCUUCCAAAGAGCGUAUGGCUCAGAUCUCGCAUCGCUGGAAAUUGAUCAGCCAAGAGCAAAAAGAUCGGUACCAAGCCCAAGUGAAUGACUCCAUGUCGAUCUACCGACAACAGUACGAAAACUGGUUCAAUGCCCUGUCGGAGGAAGAGAGAAAGGCCGAAACCUCGAGGAUCAACACAACCAAACACAAAGCUAAACCUGCUGCCCAAAACAAAAUCAAGCAGCAACAACAACAACAACAGCAGCAACAGCAGCAAAUUCAACAGCAACAACAGCAGCUUCAGCAACAACAUCAACUUCAGCAACAACAACAACAACAGCAGCAACAACAACAACAACAAUUCCAUCAACAACAAACUCAUCACUUUCAACAGCAACAACAACAUGCCCCUCAACAAAUCAGUGUUACAAUUCAACCCUUGGGUGGACAGCCUCAAAUCAUGCAAACACCUAUCAUGACCCAGCCCAUUCAAAUCCACACGGCUCCUCAACCAAUGAGGGAUCCAGAAACCCUCAAGAGAGAGAUUCUUAGUCGAGAGCCAGUCGAACCCGCUCGAUCUCCGAAGCAGUUGUUCAUCACUGAUUGGCUGCUUAAACACAAAAAGAAAAAGCUGCCCGAUGCUAAGUUGGCUUGGAAGGCACUAGAUCGCAAGGACAAGAAAUCUUGGGCAGAAAAACUCGAGCCCCAAAGACAAAAAUAUAUCGAAGCGUACACCGUAUUCGUCCGUGCUCUAGACAAGGAAGAGCUCGAGCUCUACACUGAACUCAAAGCCAAACGCGAUCAGGAGGAAGAGGCAAAACGAGCCAACGAAUCCUCUGAUUCGGAGGAUUCUGAAAGUUCCAGCGAGUCCGAUUCAGAUUCGGAGAGCGAGUCGGACUAUGAACUUUGUCCCAGGCUCAUGUUAGCCAGCUCUUCAUCCACUAGAUCCAAGGAUGGAUUAGAGGCAUCACCCUUGAAGCUCCGUUUGGAAGGAGACUUUCGAAGCGUGACCUCACUUUCAAUGCAAAGUUUGGGUGGUAUCUUUGUCGUCGCGGCUGUUUCGCCGGAAGACAGAGUUUCAGCCUCACCUUCAGCGGUCAUAGCCUCAGAUUCAAUCCUGGGUGGUGAGUGGGCUCGACCUUCCCCCGAGGCAGACCGUGGAGCGGAAGACCGUCGCCCCGUUCGACUGCCCUUCCGUGAUUUCGAGGUCACAGCCUUGUCGGGGGACUUGCCCGUGGUGGCUGUUACGGCUGUCUGGGAAGACGGGGCCGAUGACAUAUUGACCGGUCCAUUCAGGGCUUCAACGAGACUCACACAUUGCGUUUUGGUGGCCUCGUUGGCCGCCGGGGGCGGGUACGGAAACGACACAGCCCGCCCACCCAAGAGAUUGAGAUCCUGGUUCUCGCCGAAGAGAAACGACUCGGGUUGGGGCGAAUCGAAUUUCUCACCGCCCAUGAUAAAAUGUGAAGCGAAGAAGGGAUGGCCGUGUUUGCCCGGGCAAUCCCUACUUUCCAAGGCCCGCGCCCUUAUUCGGGGUUACUUCGCCACCGCUAUGGUCCAUUGUGUUGUAAUCCUCUUGUUUCAUCUAGCCAUCCGGCAUCAAGAUCCAUCCGACGACGAGGGCAGUCCAUCCGGCCCUCGCUCGCCAUCCGGAUCCCCAGCGGGUUCACCCGCUGGUUCGCCGGCUUCCUCCCGGGCAUCUGGCUCCCAAGCAUCCGGAUCAGCCGUGUCUCGCUCGCGCUCUCCCUCCGGCUCCCCGACCGGCUCCCCGAGGGCCGAUCCACCGGCUGAGGACAGGGCCAGUUCGGAGGCCUCAGGCUCACCCGCACGUCGAAGUCGGUCGCGAUCGGGUUCGGGCUCGCGAAGCCGUAGUCGAAGCGGCAGUCGUAGUGGAUCGGGUUCCGAGGAAGAGGCUCCGACUGAGCGCCAGGAUGUGGAUGCAUCGGCCUCGGAAAAUGAGGACGAAGGGCCUCGGGUCAAAACCCCGGUCGAGUCUCAAGCCCAGGUGGAAAGUGGAUCGCCUCGUUCUCGACAUUCCUCGGGUGCCAAAAGCCGUGCUAGUAGCAGUGGGAGCGAGAUUGGCAGUCGGAAGCGUAAGAAGGUGAACUCUGGCAGCUCGGGGGAUGAAAGUCCCAAGGAAUUGGCUAUCCACGAAGACGGUGACGAAGAUGGAAAAAACAAUAUAGAAGGAGCCGAAAACGUGGGGCGAGGUGACAUUUUUGGUGAUGACCUCUCAAUCAGUUCAGACGAGGAUGAAUCUUCCAAAGAGGACAAACGUCGUGUGAUUGAAGAUGAUGACGAUGAUGAUAACAAAAGUGUGCAAAGAUACGGUGAUGACGAUGAAGACAUGGAGAAAGACCCCGAAGAUGGUGAAGAAAAACGCGAAAAAGAAAAAUUGACCAUCCCUGUAGAAGAGGAAGAGCCGAUCCCAGAAACCCGAAUAGAAGUUCAAGUUCCCAAAAUCACGACCGACCUGGGAAAAGAGCUUCAUUUCGUCAAGUUACCCAAUUUUCUCUCAAUGGAGUGUCGUCCUUUUGAACCCGAACACUAUGAAGACGAAAUCGAAGAUGAGGACAGUCUGGACGAGGAAGGACGAGCUCGGCUCAAAUUGAAAGUGGAAAACACGAUCAGAUGGAGAAUGGAAUUUGAUGCUGAGGGCAAGGCUAUCAGGGAAUCUAACGCCAGAAUGGUCAGAUGGUCCGAUGGGUCCAUGAGUCUUCAUCUUGGAAAUGAGGUUUUUGACGUUUACAAGCAGCCCUUGCAGGGUGACUUCAACCAUUUGUUCAUUCGCCAAGGCACUGGUCUUCAAGGUCAAGCAGUGUUUCGUACCAAGCUCUCAUUCCGUCCUCAUUCCACGGAAUCCUUCACGCAUCAGAAGCUGACGCGGAACAUGGCAGAUCGAACCAAUAAGGCCUCUGGAAUCAAGGUCAUCUCUCAGGUUGGGCGAGAUCCCGAGGCCAAUCGCUACAAGCGAGUCAAAGAGGAAGAGGAACGACUUCGGGCUGCAAUGCGGCGUGAUUCCAAACAGAAACGCAUCAAGGACCGAGCAUCCCACCGAGGACUCUCGGGCGGUUAUUUGGAGGACGGAGAUUCCGAUGAAGAUGGCUUGGAAUCGCUCAAUGCCAUCAAAAAUCGAUUCAAACGAGGCAAAAAAGAUAACCGACAAUUGUACUCAUCUGGAGAUGAGGAUAGCGACGUUGAAACGUCCAAAGCCAAACGCCUGGAACAGGCUAAGACGAAAAAUCCCAUUCGAGAGUCUGACGAAGAAUCCGAAACUGGGAGCAAACGGUCGAGAUCUAAGACUCCAUCAAGAUCGCGAUCAAGUUCCAAAUCUAAGUCCAAAUCAAGGUCAAGAUCUAAUUCCCCAGCCUCUCGAUCUGGCUCGGGCUCUCCCCACUCACGCAGCUCCAAAUCAGCGUCACGCUCAAGAUCGGCUUCGAAAUCCCGAUCUCCAUCACGAUCCCGUUCGCCCUCGGGAUCAGAGGCGAGUGGUGGAUCUCCACAAAAAGCGAGCGCCAGCGACAGUGAAUAAUUUCAUAUCAUGUUCGCAAAUCAACAAUGUACGAAAUACAGGGAAAAUUGAAGGAA